UCUCUCCCCUUACUUAGCUCUGUAAACAACUCUCUCUCUCUCUCUCUCUCUCUCUCGCUCUCUGCAAAUGUCUCAAGUCUCCACAAAAUCUCCCAAACACUGCGCCAAGCAAGGGCUGAGCAUAGAGAAGCACUACAAGAAACUGUUCUACGCCUUCUCCACCUUCUUCCUCUCCAUCCUCUCCCUCAUCUUCCUGGUUUGGCUCAUCUUACACCCCUCCAAGCCUCACUUCUCCCUCAAAGAUGCUCAAAUCUUCCAACUUACCUUCUCUGCCCCUCAACUCAUCACUUCCUCCAUCCAACUCACUCUCCUCUCCGAAAACCCUAACAAGAAAGUCGCCAUUUACUAUGACCAACUUCAAGUCUAUGCCUCUUACAAGGGCCAACAGAUUACCACUCCCACUUCUCUUCCUCCUUUCUAUCAAGGCCACGAAGAGUCCAAUCUUAUCUCCGCUUCCCUGGUCGGAAGCGGGCUGCAGGUGGCGCCGUCAUUCGGGUACGAAUUCGGACAGGACCAGAUUGCCGGGAAGCUGGUCAUGAGCUUGAAGAUGAACGGAAAGCUUAGAUGGAAGGUGGGGACUUGGGUUUCACGGCGUUACAGAUUCAAUAUAAAUUGCGUUGCUAUAACAAAUUUUGGACCCAAUAUACCAUCUGGUCCGCUGAGUUUCAACCAAGGGACUCAGUGCUCAACUACACUUUAAUUAACUGUAAUUCAAUGAAGUUGAUCACUCUCUCUCUCUCUCUCUCUAUAUAUAUAUAUAUAUAUGUUUAUAUGCUUAGCUUAUAGUGAGCCCUUUGGUUGCUUGUUUUUAUGUCUAGGGUUUGGCUUUAAUGUGGCUUAUAGUGCUUGUAUAUCAAUGGUGAAUGAUAGGAGUGAAUUUUAAUUAUAUGGCAAUAAAGGAUCUGGUAAUUUAUGUUAA